AACUUUUUGUACUGGAGCACUAUAUAAGCUGGCCGAAAUUUGUUUGACCACACAACUCAGAAGGAAAUCAAAAGAAGCACAUCCACCGUACCAAAAUGUUGAUUAUACAGAUUUUGACCUGUCUACUGCUAGCAGUUGCUGUCAGAUCUACUGUACCGAAAGGCUACAUUUUGGAUGUUUCACAAUUUUGUGGCCAGGUCUCCGGUAGUGAUGACUAUUCUGGAAUCGGAGCUAACGUGACCAUCAAAUCUGAUCUAUAUGUCCAAGCACAGAUCAAGUGUCGACAAGGUCUCGUCACGCUCAACCCAAUUAAUGAAACCAAUACUGAAACCACCCUCGAUCUGUGUUACACCAACGAUACCGUCUCUGGAUGCCCAUGUGAAUUCAAUACUCCAGCAGAAGGGUCCAAUUUCUACUCUGCCGAAUUACAAGUCUUCUGGGGAUUUAACAACGGCACAUUAAUGAAUGAGUAUGAAACUUACACAAUUUCCUGUAUUGCCGAAGGAAAUAAAACUGAAACUGUGGGUAAAAAGACUAUAGAUGAAGACUACCUUCCUGUAAAACACGAGUUGGUUAAAUCUCUUGGUGGUGAUUAUACAGGAAGUGCUACUCUUGAAUUGAUUGACAUUCUUGGUGAAACGAUAGAAGAUGCUGCAAUUGCUAUGUCGAAGAAAGUUCAGUUGAAAUUAACUGUCAAUAGCGCGGACUACCUAGGCGUGAUUCCAUACGAGUGCAAGGCUGUCAGUGGUGAUGGUAAAACAAGCUACCGAUUUCUGCUAGCUGGAUGUGGAGAUGGAACCAUCAUUCCAAAAAACAAAGGUUUCACAACCGAAACCAUUACAGGAGGUAACAAUAAAACCGCAACCAGUCCAUUCUUUAAAGUAUUCAAGUUACUGGAAGCUACAAAACAGGGUGCAAUCUCCUACGAAUGUUCAUUUACAGUUUGCAACGCCACCUGUGACGGGUCAUCAUGCGCCAUGAGGACCAAGCGAUCAGCAGAGUCUUUAGCUGAGAUAGAAGAGCAAGAGAAAGUGAAGACACCAUUGUACCAUAUUCAACGGUUAGAAGAUCGUGUGGAAGAUCGUCUAGACCAAUCACGACAGGAACUUAGUGACCUGAAAAUGGAUACUCGUCUGAAGCUUGCUUCCCUUGAAAUUGUCGGCAUCGGAGCUGUUGCGUUGUUAUCACUUGUAAUCGCCACAUAUUCCUGUAUCAGAGUACAACAGAAACGUCAACGUGAAAAUGUGAGCGCAAAGAUGUCUUCCGCAUAAUGUCACGUGCUUGACACUUUUGUUAUUCUUUGUUAACAUUUAAUUGUUACAUUGUUUUUUCUUAACAUUAAUUGUUACAAUUAGCCUUCUGAAUAAAAUAUGGUGUAUAAUCUAUAAA